AUGACUGCCGUUCUUAUUACUGGUGCAACCGGCAAACAAGGGGGUGCCCUCAUCAGGAAUCUUCUUCUCCGGAAGGCUCCCUUUGAGAUCCUCGCCGUCACCAGGAACACCUCCUCCGCGUCUGCACAGAAGCUGGCUAGUUUGUCUGCAAAUAUCAAGUUGGUGGAGGGUGAUCUAAAUAACCCGGGUGCCAUCUUCCGCAAUGCUCAACGCUUAACGACCUCGCCCAUCUGGGGAGUAUAUAGUGUGCAGGCCGCAAUUGGCAACAAGGCGGAAGAAACGCAAGGAAAAGCGUUGAUCGACGAGUCUAUCCGACAAAAGGUCAAGUUCUUCGUCUACAGUUCCGUUGACCGCGGCGGCGAGGAGCACUCGUUCCAAAAUCCCACCAAGAUACCCCAUUUCAUCAAGAAACAUAAUAUCGAACACCACCUGGUAAACCGAAGCAAAGAUGGCAACAUGGACUGGGUGAUUCUGCGCCCGGCCGCCUUUUACGAAAACCUAACUCCGGAUUUCUUCGGCAAGGUUUUCACCACGUGCUUCAAGAUGGCAUUGGCUGGAAAGCCACUGCAGCUUGUCGCCACAAGCGACAUUGGAUACUUCGGUGCUGAGGCUUUCCUCAACCCGGACAAGUACAAGGGGAGGGCCAUUUCGCUUGCCGGUGAUGAACUCACCUUCGAAGGGAUGGGAUUGAUCUUUGAACAGAAGACUGGACAGCCACUACCCAUGACAUUCCGCCCGAUAUGCUCGUUAUUCAUGGCCAUGAUGAAGGAUAUGGGAUACAUGUUCCAGUGGUUUCGAAACGAAGGAUAUAGGGCUGACAUUCCGAGGUUGAGGGAGAUCCACCCGGAAAUGAUGGACUUUGCAACCUGGUUGAAGAAGGAGAGUGGAUUCAAGAAAUAG